UGUGAGUACAGGCGUGUGAUAGCGCGACGAGAACAUCUUCCGCAUCCAGCGAGGUGACGUCCGUUACGUUACGACGAAGUGGUCCAAUCGCACACUCAUAAAUGCACGGACGUGAUAUUCCUUUUACUUACAGCAUCGCACCUUGCUUUUGAGCGACGUACUUCACCAUCGAAGCUACAAUGCUUUGUGAAGGUGCAAUGCAACAAACUGAAGAUUCACAAACUUACAAUUCACACAUACGUGAGUGAGCUUGUGAAAUCAAACGACAGGUGACGACUAGCACUGUCGGCAACAGAAGUGAUCGCACCGAUAACACUGGGUUUCUACUCUCUACAACAAGCUAGAAAUGAAGCUCCCUGAAUCGCCCGAUACAAUAAUGCCACAACUCGACAUCGAAAAAGGCGCCACCAUGACCGACAGCAAGUACUCUGCGCCCUCUUCUCACACCAACACACCUAUUCUCAAAAGUAGCACCUUUCGCACCCAAUUCAGCACCACAAUCCCCCUCAUGGCCGCGUACAUCUCGCUCUACCUAACAAACUAUUACCUCUCUCCUUCCGGCCCAGGGUUUCGCCACCGCUCCAACGACUCAGGACGUAUCUGCCCACUCGUUGCUAUUCUCAUGCUCCUCGCUCCCGAUAUCAUACAGAAAGCCUUCGCCGCGACGACUGCAUCUAUCCCGGACGAGUCCCCAUGUUUUGGGUUUGGGUGGUUAGCUUUUACCGUGGGGUUAUUGGUGCCGGUGAUGCGUGAUAGUAAGAGUUUGUUGCCUAGAGAGGAAGAAGAAGAAGAUGUCAAGGUUAUAAGUAUGGAUGUGAAGAAGGGGAGCUUGGAGAGGAACAGCAGAUUGAGACCCGGAAGAUUGCUGAGGGACCUGGAGUCGAGUUGUAUGCGCGAGACGGGCGACAAGGAUACCAUCGUCGAGAUCCUCGAGUCUGUCAGUCAGCCAUCAACACACCGAUCCUCGUGGACGCUGAGGAAAAACCACAGUAUGGCUACUGCUGUCUUUCAAUUCUGCCUCGCAGGCUUGUUCUGGUACUGUUACCGUGACCUCUCUGUCCCCCUGCUUCUCAGCACGUCGAUUUUACUGGUAGAAGCGACCGCAAGCCUCCCUAUCUGGUCUGCACAGAAACCCUCUUCGCACGCAGGUAGUCGCCAAGGUGGCGCAUACGCGUUGAUGCGCGACAAAGAGACACCGCCACAUCAUAUCUUCAUCAUUCAACCUGCAAAGCCUGAUAUAUCCAAUGUCCAAGACACAGCCGCGCUGCGAGUGCCAUACGACCAUCAGAUGCACGCCGUAUCGAUCCCAAUAUUCAUCCUCAUAUCAGGUGGUUUCCUCAGUCAAGCACUUCUUUGCACGCAACUCUCGGAUGUCGCAGCGGUAGGCAUGCUAGCAAUCAUGUUCUGUGGUACCAUUAGUAACGUGGCUAUUGCUGCUUUACCGAGGGAGCCAACGGUAGGAGGCAUGAAGUUCGAGUCUGUGGACGUGAUUGUAGGGAAGAGUGGUGUUGUCGGGGCAUUGAGGGAGGUGGAAACCAGGUUGGAGGGAUAUGGGGAAGUGUUGGUUAGGCAAUGUUUCCCAGAGAAGCUUGGGGAAUGGGAAGGUCGAAAAGAGAAGGUGCUAAGGAUGAGAGACGUAGGGAACAUGGACUGAGAGGUUCGGUACGCAAGAGAAGAGAGAGAGAGAAAGACUUUGAAGCGCCAUGUCGCUAUUAUGUA